AUGGUCCGCAUUAAACAGCGGUACCUCCUCUUCAACAUCUUGUACCCUUCGCCCUCCCCGCCUCCCCCUCCGCCUACCAUGCCCGACGGCCAAUCCACCCCUCCGCCAGCUUACAUUCUCUUCUCCCGCCCCUCGCCCUCUCAUCUGUCUGCGUCCCUCCUCUCCACGAUAGUCCGCAAUGAACUCCACACCCUCUUCGGCGACCACGGACUCAGCGUAACGCAAUCCGCUCUCCGAGUCGUGUAUUUCUCGCCUGCAACUUCGACGGGCAUUCUGAGGGUGCCGAGGGCGCACUUCCGUAUGGUCUGGGCGGCACUUGCUUUCGUCACAGCCAUACCGCCGGAAAGAGACCGCGGAGGUCGAGCCACAAGAGGUGCGGGGAGGCAGUGCGUGAUUCGGGUGGUCAGAGUGAGUGGAACGAUUCGAAAGAGUGAAGAGGAGUUAUUGAGACGGGCGAGAAGAGAGCUCGUGAGAGCGAAGAUGGAGGGUCGAAGCACGGAUGACCAGGAAGACGAGGUCGCGUUGGGCAACUUCGCUGGAGGAAAGGGAAAGCAGACGAGUGGAGCUUCACGUCUGACGGCAACUGAAGACGAGGAUAUCAUGGAUCUCGUCGACGAGGAGGAUGCACAGUAUUCCGACAUGUCUGAUGACUGA